AUGGAGCGCCAGGGCCGCAGCAGCAGCAGGACGGCUAACGCGGGCGCCCCGUACGCAGCCUGCAGCAGCAGCAGCAGCAGCAGCAACAGCAGCAGCAGCAGCAGCAACAGCGACUACAGCAGCAGCAGCAGCAGUGAAUACAGGGGCAACAGCAUGAGCCGCGACUACAGCAGCAACUGCAGCAGCAGAAACCGCUUCAGCAGUAGCGGGUGCAGCAGCAACAGCAGCAACUGCAGCAGCAGCAGCAGCAGCAGCAGCAAUGGCAGCUGCAGAACCAGCAGCACCAAGUGCAGCAGCAGCAGCUGCAAGCACAGCAGCAGCAGCAGCAGCAGCAGCAGCAAAUACAGAUGGAGAUGCAGCAGAGCCUCUGGACUGAGCGUUUGCUGCUCUUUGAUCUUUUGUCUUUUGGCGCUCCCUGCUGCUGCUGUGCCUACAGGUCUGCUGCACCCGGCGUGGGCAGCAUGCACGGCUCUUGCUGCUCCGGGGCAGUCUGUGGCUGCUUCUCUCCAGUCCUUCGCUGCUGCAGCCCUCCAGCAGCAGCAGCAGCAGCAGCAGCAGCAGCAGCAGCAGCAGCAGCAAAUAGAGCUGUGCCUGGGGCUGUCUUGGGUUGCUGCAUGCGCCAAAGACGCCGUUGGCUCCUUCGCAGAUUUGGGGCUGGAGGCGCAACUCCGAAUGUUCCAGCUCUGCGACCCCGAAGGUCAGUGGCUAGCUAGCUAG